UGCGAGUUCAUGCAACUCACCCAUACCCUUAGCCGUAAUUACGGGCAGACCACCUCUUACCCCGAAGGCUAGGCCUAGCAGAUCAUUGUGUUGCAUCUUUAGUCCUUCUUUUUUUAAGAACGGUCACGGGUGGAGGAGGGGCGUCUAUUAGACGGAGGCGUUUAUUGAAGAGGGAGUCUAAUACAAACUGAACAUCGUAGAGGGGACGUUUUCUAGACAAGAGGCGUUUACUUGAGGGGGAGGGGGGUCAAUUAGAUCAUUUACGGGAAUACCACAUUUGGGUACGCAUCGCUCCCUUCGGUAUUAGCAGAACGGUUGCAAAACAUUUUCCCCUACCAGUACCCAUAGGCAGAAAUGGUGUAUCUAAGGUCCCAAUUCAGAUCUCGUUGCCCAUGCUAUCUUUUCAAAACUGACUAAAGAUGAAGUAAAACUGAUCGAGGAUGACGUUAUUACUGAGUAAAAAUGCUCCGGAAACGAUACUAAAAUGGUGCAGGGAAGCCGAGCGGUCAGCGCGUACAUCAUCGUCAUCAUCAUCAUCAUCUCGAUUAGGGUGGUAAAAGCCGGUUAGGCACUAAAACUCACCGGUUAGCCGGAUAUAGGGCCCACUCGCGGUUUCUAAAUUACCGUGAAAUUUGUAGGUGCGAACCAAAUUGCUUACAAACGUGGUAACAAAAGCAGCUAAACGCAGGCUAAUCAAAUUCCUCUUUCCUUCAAUCUGCCAAGCAAUCCCCCUCUUUCUUUUUACGUACACGGUUAGAAUGGAAUCAAAUCACUAUGAGAUGAAAGUGCAUUUACAGACGUCAUCAUGUUCUUUAUACAUUAGCCAAUUAUGUCGAUAGCAUGUUUAUCCACUGUUUUUCUGACCCAUAAAACUUUUUUUCAAAAUAUUUCCUAAACGCUCUGAAAAAAUCGUUCAAAUGUUGCCAUAAACCAGGCAUGCAAGGGAGGUACAAGCCCCCUUAAACGAUUUGUGAAAAGAAAAAAAAUAAAUAAAUAAACGCAUGGUACCCAGAAAUACAAAGCAAGUAAAAAAGGUAAUGGCAUCAUUACGUUGCCAUGGCAAUUCCGAUGGCAUUAAAACACGGAUCGUAGUAAAUUUGUAGCUGUGGUAAACUUUUUCCGAUAUAUUUGUUAAUGGCGACGUAGUAAAUGCUUAAACUUGAGAGGUAGGUUUCCCUCGAAAAAUCCAGUCAAGCCACCUUAACCCGAACAAAACAAUUCAUCGGGUUUUUUUUCAGCUUACAAACCUGUUUCAUACUGAAUUUGGUAAAUUUGACAAUUAUUUAGCUCUUGUUAACCGAGCGGGAGGUCUGUAUGGGAGAAUCUUGACUGAGGUCGCCAGUACAGACCGAACGCAAUGAGGUCUAUACCAGCGACCGAGGUCAAGAUUCUCCCAUACAGACCGACCUAACUCGGUUAAUAGAAUGUUUAUUAUAUGGCCAAACAAGAAAGCAAAGGAACAAAAACAUAAAUAAUUUUAUUUGGUUCCCUGCGCAGGCUCAAGCAUUUAGCUGGCUUUCAGUUCUGUCACUGGUCUCCAGUCCAAACGGGACGAAAAUAACUGUUCAAAGCCCAGCUUUGUACACACUUUGUACAAUACGAAAGCCGAGGAGGGUCUUCCGACUUCCGACUUCCAACAUCCAACCUCCAACUUCCAACUUCCGACUUCCGACUUCCAACUUCCGUAGCAAUGAAAGGCGGUGAUAGGCCUACACGACUUUUACCUGAUGGUAAAAUGCUGCUUGUUCCAAAAACGUUUUUUUCCCUUCUGCUGGGUAGAUUAUGCUCUAGAAGGUUCUGGUUAACCCGCCUAUUUCACAUUGAGAGGUCAUGGCAUACAUAUCGAUUUACUGUGAUUUUUGUUUCUGGUCGGCAGGAUUUGCCCUCUGAUUCAAGAGCAUAUUCUUUAAAGCUUUUUAUUACUGCCCAGUAAGGGCUCUAAUUUUCUCCACAGUGCCUUCUGGAUCUGAAUAACUAUAGUCCGUGAAUAUGCAAUGCUGUAUCACUCUGGGCCCAGCUCAUUCGUUUUCUUUGCAGGAUGUUAAAUUGUCUAAAUUAUCACGGAUAGUGAUUUACAGAUCCAAAGUGAUAAGAAUAAAGUGCACCUUAAAAUGAAGCUGCAUCAACUAUGGCGAAUGCAUUGCGACUCAGUAGAUUCCAGCUUAGUGUUUUUCUAAAGGAAAUGUGAUUCUUUUGACUGGAGCGUGUAUUUCUUUCGUUGGUUAUAGGUUUCUAAUAAGCUUAACAGUGCUUGGACUGUUUUGUUAACACUGUUGAUCAGGCAAGACCAUGGUUUUGGUUCCCCAAGCGAACCUCAUCAGUUGCCUGGUUGACUCUGUGCUUCGUUGCUUUUACAACAGCAACUUUAGUUGUUCUCUUUUGUGGCUAGAACGGUACAGCCGUUCUUUCUACUGAGCCUUGACCUUGAGCAUUAAUACCCGCGUGGCGGAUCGAGCGGCAGGCGAGCCUGACAGAGGAGUCAAGUCGGAAGUCGGAAGUCGGAAGUUAGAAGUGGGAAGUUGGAAGUGGGAAGUCGGAAGUUGGAAAUCGGAAGUCGGAAGUCAGAAGUCGGAAGACCCUCCUCGGCUUUCGUAG